AGUGAGUCUGUCAAUCCUAGGCAAGAGACAAGGCAGACAAAGGUUUAUUUGUAAAGGACCUCCUUCUAGCACCUCCUUUUUCCUCCUUUUGCCCAAACUCACCCAGUGAAUUGGAGCAUUUAAGAACAUUCUUCUGCCAAGAAGACCAAAAGGAACGAAGAAGAAAGGGGCAAAGAGCCAAAAUGAAAUUGAUAGUUCUUGCUGUCACUGUUGGCCUAACUUUGCUGCUAGGAGUCCAAGCCAUGCCUGCAAAUCGCCUCUCUUGCUACAGAAAGAUACUCAAAGAUCGCAACUGUCACAACCUUCCAGAGGGAGUAGCUGACCUGACAAAGAUGGAUGUAAAUGUCCAGGAUCAUUUCUGGGAUGGGAAGGGAUGUGAGAUGAUCUGUUACUGCAACUUCAGCGAAUUGCUCUGCUGCCCAAAAGAUAUCUUCUUUGGACCAAAGAUCUCUUUUGUGAUUCCUUGCAGCAAUCACUGAGAAUCUUCAUGUAUUCCAGAGAACAUCAUCUUUCAUUUCCCACAUACUGCACUAUAUCAACAUAACUGCAUUUCAAGUUUCUAUCCAGUGCAAUAAAGCACAGAUUCUAUACA